UUUAUCAAAAAAUAAAACACAAUGGCAGAUGUUUAUAUGAUAAGAUCAAAUGAAGAAGAUCCUAGCGGAAACAAAUAUUCCAGGAUGGAGGAUGAUAACCUUCAAGACAAGGAGCGAUUUGUAAGUAGAGAAAACCACUGUGAAAUAGAACGUCGCCGAAGAAAUAAAAUGACUGCUUACAUAACAGAACUGUCAGACAUGGUUCCUACUUGCAGUGCCCUUGCAAGGAAACCAGAUAAGUUAACAAUUCUUCGAAUGGCAGUGGCCCAUAUGAAAGCUCUUAGAGGUACAGGCAAUACUAGCACUGAUGGAACUUAUAAACCUUCUUUUCUUACUGACCAAGAAUUAAAACACCUAAUUUUAGAAGCUGCUGAUGGUUUUUUAUUUGUAGUGACUUGUGAUACUGGUCGCGUCAUAUAUGUCUCUGACUCUGUUACCCCUGUUCUUAAUCAAUCCCAGAGUGAUUGGUAUGGGUCUAGUAUUUUUGAACACCUUCACCCAGAGGAUCUUGGUAAAGUUAGAGAACAGUUAUCGACACAAGAACCUCAGAAUUCUGGUCGGAUCUUGGACCUAAAAACAGGAACAGUUAAGAAAGAAGGUCAUCAGUCAUCAUUGCGUUUAUGCAUGGGAUCUAGGAGAGGUUUCAUUUGUCGAUUGAAAAUAGGCAAUGUUGGACCUGAUAGCUUAGCUGCAGGACAUCUCAAUCGCUUAAAGCAAAGAAAUUCACUUGGCCCAUCGAGAGAUGGCAAUAAUUAUGCUGUUGUUCAUUGUACAGGCUAUAUUAAAAAUUGGCCUCCAACUAGUCAAUUUGAGGCUCAUCCUUUGUCAGCAGUUCAAAUGGAAAGAGGCAUGGAAGAUGAUGGUUCUCAUUGCUGUCUUGUUGCUAUCGGUAGGCUGCAAGUAACCUCUACUCCAAAUACUAGUGAUUUAAGUGGCUCUAACAGUAAUGCUGAAUUCAUUUCACGACAUGCAGUUGAGGGUAAGUUCACAUUUGUCGAUCAAAGAGUAAUUGCCAUCCUAGGUUAUACACCUCCUGAACUGCUUGGUAAGUCUUGUUUUGAUUUUAUACAUAAUGAAGAUCAAACACAUAUGAAAGAAUCCUUUGAACAGGUGGUUAAACUGAAAGGACAGGUGAUGUCUGUUAUGUUUCGUUUCCAAAUGAAGAAUAGAGAAUGGAUUUGGCUUCGUACUUCAGCAUUUGCUUUUCUUAAUCCAUAUACCGAUGAAGUUGAAUACAUAGUUUGUACUAAUACACCUGCCAAGUCACAAAGUACAGCUGAACCAGAAACUGCUGAAACAAUGAAUUAUCAGCAGGUAGUUGAUCACAAUAGUAUGCAAAGGUAUUCUCACAUACCACAACACAUGCACACAACGGAUGCACGAGCUGGGCAGGUGUAUAGCUACGAAGCAGCUCACUCUCCUAUCAGUUAUGUAUCUCCUGGUCAACAAGCUAUUCCUAGAAUGACUAAAUCAGUUAGUCCCUCUGCAGUUCAGUCUGCUUGGACUCUGUGCCAGCCAGGAACGGAAGCUUAUCAAUACAGUGAAAUAAGUCCCUCACGUUCACCAUCAGGGUCUACAUAUACUCAGUUAGGUGGAAGAGCAGCGCCACAAACACCUUAUCACAGUGCACAGAACAAUGCUUCUUUAUGGGGAACUUGGCAAGGACAAUCGCAGAUGGAUGAUCAGAGUUCCAAUUCUGGUAGUCAUAACAUUGUUAACAAUAACCAACCCAGCCAACCUCAUGAACUGUCGGAUAUGAUGAUGCAUAUCCUUGACCAAGGCGGAGCUACCACAUUUGGUGAUCUGAAUAUGUUUAACGAAUAACAGUUCGACUGUCACUUAUUGUUGUAUAAAUAUAUUUUAGAUAGAUUUAAUAAAGAUUUAAAUAAUUUUGGAAUAUUUGCAGUUGUAGAGAACUUUUUUUAUUCUCAAUCACACAGUUAUUUUUUAAUCUUGACUAUCAAAAAAGUGCAUUAUAAGUUGCAUUUUUGUUGUAACUUUAACAUUCAUUAUUUAUAAGGCAAAUAUUCUGAUUAAAGUUUUUCAUAAGUGAUAUCCAUUUUUG